AAAGAGUUUAAUUAGCGAUAUACCUUAGCUUAUUAGACGACUUUCCCACCAUGAUACCUUGCCUUGUUUCAAUGGUAGAGUAAGUAAACCAUUUGCGUGAUCCCAAAUUCCCAAUCUAUACACUUUCGCCCUCCGGAAUCCUCGAAAUUACCAUAUCUGCCAUCCCCUCCUCGAUUCCAUGACGCAAUCGCCGUCGGAGCCGGAGGUUCACUCUGGCGAGGACUUCGUUCACAUCGAAGACUCCAGGCCUACCGGCGAUAUGUCGUUAAGCGACAGCAUAGUGAAUGUCCAGAAGGAGGACCUGUUCGACGAGCCGGAGCCGGAGCCGGAGCCGGAGCCGGAGCCGGAGCCGGAGGAAGAUUAUAAAGACUCCGAUUCCGUGGUUAGCGGCGGCGAUGCAGCUGGCGGUGAUGGCGAUGGAUUCGGCGGUGGCGAGUGUUCAUCGGAGACGACGAAGGUGGAGCUGCCGGAGGAAUUGGCGAAAAGCGUUGUGAUUCUGACGUGCGAGUCCACGGGGAAAGGCGGAUCUUGUGAUGUGUAUUUGAUCGGGACUGCCCAUGUAUCAAAGGAAUCCUGUCGAGAAGUCGAAGCAAUAGUCAGCAUCUUGAAACCAGAGGUUGUCUUCGUGGAGUUGUGUUCAAGCCGAUUGUCUAUUCUCAAACCUCAGACUUUGAAGGUUCCAACCAUGUCGGAUAUGAUAGAAAGUUGGAAGCAGAAACAGAACACAUUCGGAAUACUUUAUGGAUGGUUUCUUGCAAAGAUCGCCAGUCAGCUUGAGGUUUUUCCUGGUUCUGAGUUCCGUGUGGCAUAUGAAGAAGCCCUUAGAUAUGGCGGCAAGGUGAUACUUGGUGAUCGUCCUGUACAGAUUACGUUAAAAAGAACAUGGGCCAAGAUGCCUCUAAGGCACAAGAUAAAGUUUCUAUACUCCUUCCUGUUUCAAGCUGUCUUCUUGCCGAGCCCUGAAGAGCUGAACAAAAUGCUGAAAGAAAUGGACAAUGUGGAUAUGGUGACUUUGGUGAUUCAAGAAAUGAGCAAGGAAUUUCCAUCUCUCAUGGAUACACUUGUGCAUGAGCGAGACCAGUACAUGGCAUCGUCUUUGCUGAGGGUUGCGAGUGAGCACAGUUCGGUUGUGGCAGUUAUCGGCAGAGGGCAUAUUAAUGGAAUCAAGAAGAAUUGGAAGCAGCCUAUAACGAUGAAAGAUCUAAUGGAGAUACCGAGCGACGAGUCAGUAUUUACCGUGAAGAGGAUAAUAUCAUCAGUGGCAAUUGCAGUUGCAGGGACAGCUAUAGUUUCGGGUAUACUUCUUGCAAGAAGAAGGUGAAAAUAUUGUAAUGGAGCACAGAGAUUUUCUCUUUUUUUACAAACCCAAUAAUAUUUUACAGUUCGUUACUUUUCUCUUUUUUUUUUUUGUUCUCUUUUACUUUUGUAUGUCGGUUGAGGAAACUUUUUCAUGAUGAUAAAAAUAAAACUUGUUUUUU